GCACACCUUCAUCACCAUUGGCUGUUGUUUGUUUGCUUCAAAACGGUCGGCGGAAUAAACAAUCAAAACUGUUCUGAAGGAUGGAUACAGAAGUGGAAUUUUUGCGUGAUCAAAUCCGCAGGUUAAAUUCAGCUCUCAGCCAGUAUCAGUAUGGGCACCGCACUCAGUCCACAUCGCCACAGGUGGAAGAGGUGCAGCGGGUCCAGUCUCCUGCGCCGUGGCUCUCAGAUAGAGGUAUAAUGGCUCCUCUCAUUGCUGAGUACGACCGGCACAUGGAUGAAAUGACUGAACAGCUGCAGAAAUACCAGGAGAUGAUGGCAGACAUCAGGUCGAAGAUGGAGAAGGUUGUGAAAGAAAACGAAAGGUUGCACACAGAGUUAAGGGAGACUGUUGAGAAGCAGCUCCAUGCUUUGCCCACGGCUUCAGGAGUGGAGGGAAGCAUGGAGGGGGAUGCCACCAUCAGAAACCUCCAGGAGCAGGUUCAGCUGUCUGAGCAGGAGCGGGUGCAGGCCAUGGAGCUGUGGCAGACAGCUGCCCAGGAGCUGGACCGCCUGCAGCAGCUCUACCAGAGGACAGCCUCCGACAGGCAGCUCCACGAUGCUCAGAAACAGCACCUCAAGGAUCAGCUUGUUCAGUUCCAGCAACACGCUCACCAACUCCAGGCAGCCAAUCGGAAACUGGAAUCGACUAACCAGCAGCUUCUGAGGACGGUGACGGAGCAGGGCACAGAAAUGGAGGAUUUACACAGUCAGCUCAGGCAGUCGAAGGCUGAACUCAGGACGGCCACAGCCAAAGUGGAGGAGAUGACCAAACUGCUGCAGCAUUUCCAGGAACAGAUGCAGAGACGGGAGGAAGAUGUGGCCGAGGCCCGAGGCAGAGAGGACGCAUCAGACAGACGACUCCACCAGCUCCAGACAACCUUGAGCCAGUUAGAGACCAGGCUAAAAGCUGCAUCUCAGGAGGCAGAGGCAGUUCGCAGAGAGCAAACUGUGUGGGAGAGAAAGGUGGGGGAACUCCAGGCACGUUGCACCACCCAGGAAGAAGAGAAGUAUGAGGCUCUUUCCAAAGUCCGGGAGAGUGUUCAAAUGGCAGAAGAGGCCGCGCUGCAGAAGGAACAGGCCCUGUUAAGAGAGAAGCAGAAGGCAGAAGAGCUUGAAAAGACUAAAGAUGCCAUCAAACAUUUGAUCCAAGAGGCUGCAGUCCGCACCAGGAAAGAGGUGGAAAAUGUGCGCAAGCAGUGCAACAUCCAAAUCCACCGUAUGGCGGAGGAGCUGUCGGCACUCCAGUUGGAGUGUGCAGAUAAAGAGUCUCAGAUUGAAAGGUCCCUGCGUGAGAGAAAAGCAGUCGAGGAGGAACUGGAGAAGGUGUAUAAGGAGGGCAGGGCAGAGCCAGAGUUCCAGAAGAUUGAUGCACUUCAUCAGAGGUGUUUAAAUGCAGAGAGACUGAAGGACGACGUUAGUCUCACUCUGCAAAGUACCCAGAACAAGAUGAAAAAGAUGGAGAUGGAAUACAGCGAGGAGCUGUCCCGGUGCCAGGAGGAGGUGCGGCGGCUGCAGGGAUCUCUGGCCGCAGCCCGGGACGACUGCGUCGGAAUAAGUGAGGGCCGGCUCCAGCUCCAACAAGAGAACUUACAGCUGCGCAAGGACAUGGACGAGCUGCGUAAGGCCACCAUGCUGCUCCAGAAGAAAGCCAAGCAGCAGGUUUCACAGAUGGAGCACGAGUUCAUGCUCAAAGAGCAGGGCCUGGAUGCCCGGGUCAGGGAAAUGGAGGAAAGCAGCCGCAGUUCCAGUGCUGAUCUGACACGCCUCCUCGCAGCUCAACGGAAAAGUUCUCAGCGAUGGAAAGAAGAGGCCACCAACCUUGUGCAGACCUUUGAGGCUAAAAUCACAGGCCUCAAGGCAGAACUGAAUCGGCAGAAGCAGCGCUCACAUGACCUAGAGAUGCGACUUGAAACCAACCAUAAUACUAUUUCAGAGUAUGAGAGGCAGCUAGCUGAAUAUCAGGAAAAGGCUAAUCGUCUCCAGAGGAGACUGACACAGGCUGAACAGAAGGCUGCAGCAGCUACACAGCAGCUUAACAUGCUGUCAUCUCAGCGAAGGAAAACAGCCAUGGUGGAUCUAGAAACUCUAUGAUCUUGGCAUGCCAUAAAAAUUUUGUUGACAAUGUGGUCAAAUUCACAUUAGAACACUAUUGCUAUAGUUCUUGCUCUGUUUUUUAACGUUAAUUAUGUAUAUUUCUGUUUUAUAUAAAAUGUUCUCAAGACCUUUUGAAAUGAAAGAAUUCUUAAUUAAAAGAGGGAAAAUGGGAAAUUGUCUAUGCAAAUGAGAAAUAAACUUUGUGAUAUCUAUUAAAUGAUUGAGAAAAUGUUUACAUUAAACUUUUGGG